AUGACGAACAAGGUGUUCCUCUCAGAAUGCAUGCUACAAAGUGAAAAGUCGGUGGCCUACUCGACGUCGUUUGCCUCCGAGCCGUAUGCAGGCAGUGCUACGUGCCAGUUCACAAUAUCCACGUCCGAGUCGCAGGGCUUUUCGUGGAACCAGGAUAUCUUCGCAAGCCAGUACCAGCAGUUGUGCAAGGUUAUCUACGACGGGCACGUCGACUCCGUGGACAAGCUCCUCCAGAAAAUCACACCGCCUGGGAACCACGAGGAGAACGUGUACAUGGACGUGUUCGAGGCGGAGCGUGGGGCGGAGCGCGGGGCGGAAUACGGGCAACGGUUCGGACCGGCGGAGGCGUCGCCGUCGCGGCGGGGAUCGAACUUCGACGAGUGGCGAAGCCGGAUGUCGCGGGAGCUCAGCAAGCCGCGACGGCGGUCCGAGCAGAGCAUUUCGUUUGCGUCGGACUCGAAGAACGGGACCUACCGAGCGGCCGACGUGGUGGUGAUCGACGUGGAGGCGGCCACGCCGGAGAACAUGCAUUUCAAGGAGCUGCUCAGCUGA